CAUUUUGAAGUUUCUUUUGAUAUAGAAAAACAAAAAAAAAAAUCGCUUUACAAAAAUUACUCACAAAAUAUAUUUUUUCUAAUAAAAAUUCUAAAACAAAGCCACAUUUCUACAAUUCUACGCUUUCUGGCCGGUAACGAAAAUGGACUUGAAAUUAAACACAGAACGCAACAGAGGUCUUAGUUUAGAUGAUGAUAAUUUCAGCAAUAUAUCACGGAUUUCAUAUGGUCUACACAAUUCCCUAAAUUCCGCCUGUAAUUCUGAUUCUGAAUGUAGUGGGCCUAUUUCGGUGCGUGAUAUGAUACAACAUUAUAACAAGCAGUUUCAAAGGGAAGAUUGCAAUCAAAGCAAUCAUAAAAUCAGAUAUAAAAUAAAUACCGCCAAAAGACCUCAUCAAUCGCAACAUUUAUUGGCCGCUACCACAUCAUCAUAUUGCGGUUUAAAUAAUUAUGGUUCUCACAUAAAGAGCAAGCAAUUUACUGACCAACUGGAAAAUAAAUCGUUAAAGGUUUUUGAUGAACAUAAUGAUCCCACCGCGAUCACUUGCUGUAAGAAUUGCACAGCAUGUUUGUGUUGCCAAAAUAGAAGCCGUACAAAUUCCACAACCAAUAAAAUGUUGUCGUCUAACUCAUUGCAGCCAAAUAAUGAGAACAGUGGUACUAAUGUGUCUGCUGGUGGUGUUAGUCUUAGAAGCUCUAGCACCAAAUGUAAUAAAAUUAAUGCUAAAGAUACUCAUAUUCUUGCGGUUAAGAAUUGUACCAAUAUCAACGAUGUAACAACAGCAGCGGAUAUUAAUGCCAGCAAUAGCAAUAAACCAACGAUAUUCAAUGAUUUUCACAGCAGUGCAGCAGAACUUAACAAAGACUCUUACAGCACCAACAGCAAUAAUGGUCUCUUUAAUAAACACAAUUCUCAAGUUGUGGUGAUGGAGCAGAAUAAGCAAAAGAAUCGUUUACUGUCAACUGAUAGUGUUGAGGAGGCCAAAAUUUGUCAACAGCCAACAAUUGAAACAUCCUAUCAAAGUAAGACCACAAUUGCAAAGACAUCAAGUGGUGUGCGCAUUAUUAUUGACAUAUUCUUUGAUCAAGAACGAUGUAGCAAUAAUGUUAACGAUAUAGUGGGUAGUAGGGUGGAAACUGAUAUACCACAAAGUCGCAUCUUAAGUGAAUUUCAACAACAAACUCUGGCAGCUAAUGAGAACUCUAACCCCAAGAUUGUUAAUACCGCUGAAAGUGUUACUUCUUAUCAUGGUUUAUAAAUAUUUGGAAUGGAAGAAGAACCCAUAAAAAUGCUGCUGUUGACACAAAAUGAAUUUGUUUGCUUUACUUAGUAGAUUAAUGGAUUAAUAUGUUAACAUUUUUAAACAUUUAUUUUCGACCGGCUUCUCUGUUAAGAAUAUAUUUUAAAAAUACUAUUUUCAUAUUUUAUAUAUUUCGUUAGAAGUUUAUUGUU